AAAGCAUUGCAUUCUUGCAAUAAAAAGGCGCGGACUAAUCCCUCCGGUUAUAGCCACACGCAACCAAGAUCGUACUCAGGCAAGGGGAACUUCAUAUCCGGUUCAGUGGGGUUAUACACGCUUUUAUAACCAGACUUUACGAUCGUAGCUUUGGAUAUUCCAUCUCAUUAGCGAAGCUAAACCAACAUGUGGCUGUUAGUAUURCUGUGUAGCUGCUGUCUUCAUCAGAUUGCRUCGGCAAUUCCAUCAUUCGCGGCUGAGUGUUUACGAGAGCAUAACCAAAUACGAGCAAGACACGGAGCUCCGCCUUUGCAAUGGGAUUCAACCCUUGCCAGACAUGCRCAGCAAUGGGCUGACAAGCUAAACAAGAUGGACGCUGGAUCAAUACACGACAAGAGAACACGAGAAGGAGAAAACAUUGCAGAUGGGCCAAAUAUGUCUUGUAAACAAGGAGUAGCAGAUUGGUAUGAGGAAUAUUGCGAGUAUUAUAACGAAGAUUAUUGCAGCUUUCCACCUGCAAGGCAUCCAUAUGGCGGUGUGAUGCAUUUUACGCAACUGGUUUGGAAAAAGACGACCAAGAUGGGAGCUGCUAUCUCGGGAGAUUACCUAGUCGUUAGAUAUUCACCCAAGGGUAAUAGUUAUCGACACUAUGCCAGUAAUGUGCAAUGUGCAUCCCAGGCAUUUAAUGAUAAAGUCUGCUAAUGUCGUAACUGUGUAUCUAUAUACAGACAGUAUCAAGAAGGCACAAUCAAUUAAGUAUAUAUUAUAUUCUUCUUUCAAUCGUUCAUUCUUUAACAAGUUAACGCAAUGCAAUAAAAACACAAAUUGAAACUAA